AUGCAGCGAGAAGGCGAAGGAGCGUCGGCUACCGAGCCAGAUGUUACCAAACCCGCCUCGGAUGUGGAUGUGCUGUUAGAUAAUCAUCCGAGUAUGCCUCCGUCACCGGUCCUCAUGGCCCAGACGAUUAAUAUCUAUCACGACCCGUAUGAGACCACACAAGAGAUGAAGGCAUUAAGUGCUGAAAUUGUAAAAACUAUUCGGGAUAUCAUCAAUCUGAAUCCAGUCUACAGAGAAAGUGUACUGGCCAUGCUUCAGGCCGGGCAAUGUGUGGCUGACAACCCCGUUUACCUAAGUGACCUUGAUACAAUAAGUCAGAUCCGUUGCGGUUUCUAA